GGUAGGAAUAAACAAGGCUCCGCCCUUCUGAAGAGGUCAGAGUUCACGAUUCAGGGAAAAAACAUGGCGGCGCCCCGGAAAGCUGCUGUGAUUCUGAAGACUGUGAAGAAAAUAUCGGUUCAGUUUUGCCCAUUUGAGUCCAAUGUGCGGUCCACACGAGAGUUUCUGGCCAUGGUGGGCUCAGAGAAAGCACGCGCGACCAACAUGAACUGUGAGGUGACGUCUAUUGUGAAACACGACAAAUCUGAACCUGUAGUGGACGUCACAUACGUGGAUGGAGAGAGACUGCUGAUGAAGGGAGCAAAGUUGACCAGCACUGAAAUGCUGAGUGCGUUCCAGUCCCGCUGCACAGCCAAGGACACACAGACAAUAGCUGGAGGAAAGAAAUGACCACGUCCCUGUUGUCCCUGUCCACGCCAGAAUGUGUUUGUAUUUAUACAAUUAAAGACGUUACUGCACAAAUA